UGUUGCAGUCUGCAUAAAGAGUUGGUGUCUGCCAUUCACUCCCAAGAAAAUACAGGACACCUCAGGAUAAUAUCACGACCUGUCCAACGAUAAAACGCGAAUAAACAGUUCAAUAAAUCCAUAAUCCUCGAUAAAUUGCAAAAAAAAUUCGGGGAAUGCGAAGAGAGAACGAAAGUUGAAGAUAUUUGUUUGGGAUGAUGAAUUGUCAUUCGUUGAGAUAUCUGGUUUUGCCUGGGUGAGGAUUUCUAGGUAAAGAGCAAAGUGAAGGGGAAUUUUUCUCGGAGCCUGUUAUCUUUGAGUUGUGAUAAGAAAUUUGAGAGAUGGAUAUUGAGGACCCUGUGAUGCAGGGACUACUGUUGUUCCCUCCUCAAGGGGUUCUUGGACAGCUCAAGAAAACAUGGCACAAGAGAUAUUGCCAGCUCUUCAAGGCCAGCAAAUACGGCAUCGAGCGGCUAGAGAUUUGGGACAGCAAAGAGGACUUUCUGGGACAACAGCUGAGUCCUAGAAUAAUCACCCUGGAGAAUUGCGUGAAAAUCGGCCCGAGCAAUCAGCCAAAAGUUAUUGCGGUGGUGACAAGAUCGUUGACCCAUCACUUUGGGUGCAUAACUGAGGGAGAAACUCGUGACUGGAUAACAGCCUUUCAACACGUCGCCUUCCCGGAUCUACCCUCGAUGGAGACCAUCGAGGAGGACAAUGACCUCUACUGUACCAGUGGUAAGGGUCUCUUCUCUGUGAAACUGGUGGAAACAGAUGCCUCAAAACGCUGUCGUCUGGACGAGAAAAAUUACACACUUCUCGUUGGUGACACCGAGAUGAACCUCAUGGACGGUGAUACCGUGAGAUUUACCUGGCCCUAUCGAUACAUCAGAAAAUAUGGAUAUGGCGAGGGUAAAUUCACCUUCGAGGCGGGUAGAAAGUGUGAGUCAGGGGAGGGAUCAUUCCGACUGGAGCACAGCAAUCAGCAGGAGAUCUUCAGAUGCAUAUCCUCAAGAAUGAAAUCAAUGAAGAAACUCCUACGAGGAGAAAUUUCAACGCCUGGGGUGGAUCUCAAUGAUGUCCAGUAUCAUGCUGCCCUCUCCAUGGAAGCUGGCUCCAGGUCCCCACUUCCACCAACACCAACGCAGAAUCUCAUUGAUCUAGAUUAUUCCAGCUCCCAGAGCUCCCAGAGGACGAUAUUCCCGGGCUCGACGUCAUCAUCGAGUAUUGAAUCUGUACCCUUCAUCAGGAGUCCCCCUCCCAUCGUCUCUGCCAAACCCGCGAAACCUCCUAGGAAAUUUUUCAUUCCAGGUUUACGAGAACACAAAACCACACCUGAGCUCCCUGACAUUGGCUGUGGCAUAUACCGUAAAUUAGCUACGUACACAUCUCCAGAGACCGCCCGAAAAUUAUCCCAGACGAUAUCAUCUCCUCAGGACGACGAAAAACAUCCGUACGAUCUCGUGGAGGUUCGUAACAACGCCUGGAGGACUCACGGAAUCGACACUGUUGUCCAUACAGAAAGGAAAGACAGGCCUGAGCCCCAGAAUCCGAGACCCGCCAACGAGGAAAAUGGAAACGAGGAUAAAAAUCUCAAGAAGGACGACGAGGACUGGGUCGAGGUGAACGUCGAGGAGUCUGGGGAUCGUCUCCAAGAUGAUGAGGACUCCGACUGUCAAUACGAAACGAUGAUUUCCAACAGCACAGGGUUGUCGACAACUGAAACAGUUACAGCAUCACCGAUCAUUCAUAAUAAUCUCACAAAGUCUGAUUCCACUGCCAAUUAUGAUACUCUUCAGCAUUUUGGGUCUCUUCACAGGCUGAACAAUCCUGGGUACAAGGCCCCUAAUUUGAGUCUCAGUUUACCAAUGAGAAAUGCAUCAUCACAGUGCAAUUCACCGACCGUUUCUUUGGAGAGUCCCUCAUGGAACGAUUACGACGUCGUCGAGGAUGUUCAGGCUAUCAGAUUGGCUGAUGACAGUAGCCGGGGGUAUGGGGUCAUCAGAAAGAAGACAAAUGCUGCCACUAAUGUUAAUACAGGACCUCAGCAGAGGAUCUUCAAUAACAGUGAAUAUGCAAUUGUGUCGAAACCCAAACGAGUUUAGUAUUCGAUUUUACAUCACGCGGAGUUUAGUCCAACAGGUGAUUGGAAAUUGGUAGACAAGUGGUGGAUAUCUCUGCAACUAAGGGAAAUAGCUGAAUUGUUGUGAUAACCUUU